UGUUUGACUUAUUUGUACGCUAUACAAUUUGUUAUAUUCAUGUCUUAUUCAGUCCAAUGUCAAAUGGUGGGCGAUUCUGGAUAUCCACCAUGGACAUAUUCUUAUAUGGUUACUCGUGAGUCGUUUCUUUCGUGGACCAUCUUUCAAAUUAUUUAUUGCACAAGUCCAAAGUAAUCUCUUCGGAAUCUCACAGGAAAAAACAUAUAUUCAGUACACUUUUAUUAACUUGAUAAAAAAAUGAGAAAGGAAAGAUAAAAGUAAAUAUAUUAUAAAAAACAUGGGUAUGACACAAAGACCGUGGACACCAACAAAGAGGCGAGGUCCUAUCGCUGCAGAAUACAAUAGUCCUGGUCCUGCUUGUGUAACAUUACCCCCGUUGAUCGGAAAAAUUGUUCCCGAUUCCAAACGAGGUAGAGCUCCUGCUUUCUCAUUUGGAAGCAGACAUGCAACGAAAAAUGAUAGCCCUGGACCGGGUCCUGGUCAAUAUAAUAUUUUCGGACUUAGCGCGAAAGGAAAAGAUGCAGCACCAGCAUCAUCGUUACAUAGCCGCACGAAAUUCACGAAACAGGAAAUCACACCAGCGCCUGGUGAUUAUAAUCCAGAAAAAGCAGAAAAGAUUAUUUUGGAUCACUCACCAAAAUACUCAUUUGGCAUCAAAACUCAAACUGAAAAAAUUAGUUGUACACCUGCGCCGAAUGACUAUUGCACCGAAAAAGUGAAUAUCGACAAAUCGCCCGAGUACAGUUUCGGCUUGAAAUCUGUACUGGAUAAACCAAGCGAUAUACCUGCACCUGGAACUUAUCAUCCCGAAAAGGUAAGAUUGGACAAUACACCGCAAUACAGUUUUGGAGUUAGGCCUCCUCUCGUAAAACCAAACGAUAAUCCAGCACCUGGUUUGUAUUAUCCUGAAAAAGUCAAUUUAGAUAAGGGUCCUCAAUAUAGUCUUACUGGAAAAGGUCGAGUAGAAAAACCUGAUAACAUACCUGCACCAGGUACGUAUUGUCCAGAAAAUGUAAAAUUGGAUAGAACGCCGCAAUUUACUUUUGGAUUGAGGACUCCACUUAAAAAAAUAAAUGAUACUCCAGCACCAGGAACUUAUGCUCCUGAAAAAGUAAAUCUUGAUAAAGCACCAGAAUAUAGUUUUGGAUUAAGAACAUUUCUUGAUAAGCCAAACACUAAUCCAGCACCUGGAGAUUAUUGUCCAGAAAAAAUAAAUUUGAAUAAAGGUCCAGAAUAUAGUUUAAGUGGUAAAGGACUUUCUGAAAAACCAAAUGAUAUUCCUGCACCUGGAACAUAUAGUCCUGAGAAAGUAAAUUUAAAUAAAGGUCCACAAUAUAGCUUGUAUGGGAAAGGGAUUUCAGAAAAACCAAACAAUAACCCAGCACCAGGAACAUAUAGUCCUGAGAAAAUAAAUUUAGACAAAGGUCCUCAAUUCAGUUUAUCUGGUAAAGGAUUACCAAGAAAGUUCAAUGAAAAUCCAGGCCCUGUUGAUUACUAUCCAGAGAAAAUAGUAAAUUUGGAACAUAAACCUUAUUUCAGUUUUGGUAAUAGAAAACCUUUGGAUAAGCCUAGGGAUACACCAGCUCCUGGUACUUAUUCUCCAGAAAAAGUCAAUUUAGAUAAAUCGCCACAAUAUUCAUUUGGCUUAAAAACAUCUUUAAAAAAAAAUAAUGAUAUACCUGCUCCAGGAAGUUACCAUCCUGAAAAGGUAAAUUUAAAUAAAUCACCCCAAUAUAGUUUUGGAAUUAAGACUGAAAUACAUGAAACAAAUUCUAUACCAGGUCCUGGUGAAUAUAGCCCAGAGAAAGCUAUGCUUUUAUUAGAAAAAGCAUUGCUAUUUACUUUUGGUCUUAGAACAAAUAUAAAUAAAUCAAAUGAUAUUCCAGCUCCAAAUGUUUAUAAUAUUCCUUCUACUCUUGGCGGAACAAAGGAAGGAAAUAAAAAAACAGCACCAGCUUAUUCAAUAUCCGGUAGACAAAAAGAUUUUACUGAUGAUCGCAUUUUAGUUCCUGGACCUGGAACAUAUGAAGCUGUUAAACCAGAUUCAGUUAGAAUAAAAAGUCCUGCUUAUAGUAUAAGUGCUCGUUAUCAACUGCCUGACGAUCACUCGCAGAUUCCAGGACCUGGUGCACAUUGUCCAGAAAAAGUAAUUCUUGAUAUUCCUCCAGCACAUUCAUUUGGUAUUAGACAUUCGCCGUAUAUAUGCAAUUUGAAGGACACCGUUUAUUAAUAUAAGAAAUUUUAUAUAAUUCAGCUUUAAUCAUUAUUCUAUUUUAUAAAUAAAUUAAUAAUAUAAUAAUUAAUAUAUAACAAAAUAGCAACAUAAAAUAUGAAUAAUAUAAUAAUAUCUCAUUGAAAAAUAACUAUUUUUCAUAUAAACAAAUUAUUUUUUAACGCUUUGCUAAAAUAACUACAAAAUAUUGCAUAAUUAAAAUAUUAGUGUUGUUAAAUAUUAAAAUGUUAUUAAAAAUAAAAAAUAAAAAUAUUGUUAAAUAUAUUAAAUUAA